AAGAGAAUGGAUGAUGUGGGUUAAGUCUCAAGUGAUCCGACGCGCACCAUUGCGUGCAUUAUUACUAGCCAUUUCUCUUUUAUUUAUUUUUUUUCUCUUUCUCUCUCUCUCCAUAUCGUUCUCUCUUUCUUCAUCUUCUUUUUCUUCCCCUUCUUUUUCUCUCUUUUCUCCCAAAACCCAUUUGGGUUUGGAACCUUUCGAUUCUUAUUAUGUUCUCCCUCUCUCUCAUGAUAUUUAUGUAAAAAUCCAUUCUUUAUUGGAGAAAAGAAGAAGAAGAUGUUAGUCUCCCAUCAGGUUUAACAAAAAGGCCCUCCUAUAUAGUUUGGUAAUAUCAGCAUUACUCGAAAAGAGAGAGAGAGAGAGAGAGAGAGAGAUGUGGUGAUGUACCAUAUGAAGUUUUGUGUGGAAAUUUUUUCCAAGAGCUGGUGUGCUGCUUAAAAACAAAAUCUCUUGUUCAUUUUUUUACAGAACAGGAUGUUAAUUCGUCGAGAUUUCGACCUGAAUUCGGUAGACAUGUGUACUGACUCGCCCCAUGUCUAUACUGAUUCACUAGUAGAAGUUUUCAGGGAUACUAUGCUCAAGCAGGAGAUUAUAUUUCGAAACCAGGUUCAUGAACUUCAUCGCAUUUAUAGGAUGCAAAAGACACUGAUGCAAAAUAAAAUUCAGCAGAGGCCUCUUGGUCACCAUGGACUUCUUCAUUCCAAGCAAUACAUAAGUAGUGUUGAUUCAGCGGAUUUGAAGCUAUCCCUGAGGGUUAAAGAAGAUAUCGGAAAACAUAAAAGUGGCAAGAACACUUGGUUUGAUGUCAAUAUACAUCCCUACGCUGAAAAUUUUAUUGAUUUAGAAGAAUCGAGUGCAACAACAUCGAACGAGGAUUCAGGAAAUGCACCUCCUAGCAGUGUUACCAUGACUGAUCCAAUCAUCACAAGUAGUCUGAAGAAAGAUCAAUCACAUGAGACUGUAGAGAAUAGUUCAUUUCUAGAUAACCAAGAAAAGAGCUCUUUUGAUCAAGGUUUGAAGGAGUGUGAUAGUAGUAAUGUCUUGAACCGAAAACCAUCAACCAAGAUGGAGCAAAUAAGUACAUAUGGGAAAUGGGAAGUGGACCUCAACAAAAUUUGUUGUGAUGACUCCUCUUGUUAUUCAAAUGAUCCUAUGCUGACUCAUCCUUCAACAGCCAGCUCAUCACAUACUUCCAUCGGGCUAGUUGGCACGGUAGAGGAGGGUAAUUCUCAUUCUAAAGUUUGUCCUAAAGAAUGUAACAAUUGCUCUGAUGAAACUUCUGGAAUUACUCAUCCAGAUGAUUCUGGAAAUUUUGCAUUGGUGGAUUUAAACAGUAGUAGUGAAAGAACGGAGAUAUGUGCUAAACAUCUCAAAGUUCAUGAAUUGAGUGGCAGUGAAGUGGUCCUUGGUCCUUGUGAAGAGUUUGGCUGCAACAAGAAUGAUUCUGAUGAUGUAAAUAUAAAAAAUAUGUUGGAGAUUUCAAAGAACCAAACUAAUACAUGCAUAGCUACUAUAGCAGUAAACCAUGAGAAGGGGAAAUCAGAAAAUGAUUUUUUUACUUGUUCAGAUCAUAGUAAGGAUGUGAUCCAAGAUGGACAUGGCAAUACGUCCUCAGCACCAUGCAAACCUUGCCACAUUGGUGAUAAUGAAUCCAGUAAUGCAGAGACUACGCAAUCUGAAGUGGAGUUUUUGAAUCCCUUGCCAACUGAUAGGCUUUUAGAAAACAAGAAGCCAAGGCCUUCUGACAGCAGUGAACUCACUCAUGAGUGCCUCCUCAGCGAAGAAGAAUCAGAUGAGGUUGAUGUUGAUGUUGAUGUUUCGAUCCGAAAGGCAGCUGAGUCACUUAUCCACUUCUCGUUGGAGAGUUCAGCUGUUUAUGAACAUUGUUCUAUGAAAGAUGCAGAAUCAAUUGACAUGGAAGCUAAUGAGAGAGCAAUACCACAGUCUUCUUAUGAUUCAUUUGAACUAUUCACUCUAAAACUUAAGGAAUGCAGUGAAGAUGACUUUUGUGUGUCAUCAAAGCCUUCUGAAGUAAAUUUUUCAGAGACAAAGGAUUAUGGUUUCAAGAUAAGAAGGGGCAGGAGAUUGAAAGACUUCCAGAGAGACAUACUUCCUGGCAUGGCAUCGCUGUCAAGACAUGAAAUCUGCGAAGAUAUUAACAUUCUUGAGGGAGUUUUAAGGUCAAGAGAGUACAGGAAAAACCAAGCGAAGAUGGGAGAUGGACACAGCUGGUGCACACCUGCAAGAAGCAGGCGAUCACGACUCAAUUACACUGGACGGAGAAGAUUCUCAUGAGGCCUCAUUUUAGUUAGGAAUGACAUUAGACAUGAACAUAGAUUUAUUCUGUGUAAACCUUUUAUGAUAAUAUUUAGCUAAUUUUUUUUGGAGCGUGGCUAUAGAGUAUAUAUGGAUGUGAUGCUUAAUACCACAACUAAUGAAGUUGUCGGAUCUACGUGAGAAUUUAAUAUUAUAUGGUUAGCAUUUGGUAUCCAAUGCCACAUCAA